AUUCGAUAAUAAACAAUGGUGAUCAUGACUGGAAAAGUGUUUUUAUUUUCUGCUUUAUUUGUAACGGCUGAAUGUUUCAUCAGGGUUAAUAAUUACGAAAGUUCUGUAUACAUAGCCAAAGGUCCCGCACAGGGUUUCCAGACGGCAUCACCAUCGUUCUAUUUUGAACCAAAGGAUUAUGACAUAUUUACCGCUGAAGAUGACCAGGAAAGAACUGUUAUUGGUGAUGAAGUCAAGAAAGGUCAUUUGGUCACAUUUUACAAGUACAACAAAGAUUUUAAUCCUAUUGCCGUACUUGCAUUUUUGUUUACUGACAAUACUUACUUCAAUAUAAUACGAAGAACGUUACUGCAGGUCUAGAUAAUGUCAUUGGCUGCCAUAUUGUUCAUGAUGUUGUACUUUUUUGUUAUUAAAAUAGUAGUAACUACAUGUUAAUUAAUCUGAUUUAGAAUUGACUGUUGGUGUUUAACGCCACUUUCAUCACACUUGGAUAUAAAUUAUUAUUGUCACUCGAUUUUACGUGACGAAGUACCUAGAGAGAACAACCGUCCUUCGUCAAACUAAAACUGGAAAUCCUCAUCAAUUCUAAGAUUUUCUGUACUAUAACAGAUUGCUGACAAUUUUACACACAUCUCAUUCGAACCUAUCCAGAGAUGGUGGCGUCACAGUAAUUAUGGAAACCGGUUUA